AGGAAACAAGACAAACUUCAGAUUUAUUCGAAACUAGCCCAUCGCUGAUAUCACACUCGAGCGAAGAAAGUCGAAGAAACAUAGGCCUAAUUUACACCAAACAGUUGAUAUUGAUACGCGUAUCAACUAUAUUUGUAUCAAAUUGUUUUGGUGUCGACGCUGUAAAUGUUGGCGUAUUAGAAUGAUACGAUAUUCGAAAGCAGCGAGAUUAGACCAAAUUAAUGUAAUUUAAUACGAUCGAUGUAAACAAGAUGAAUUUAACCUCUGUUAGCUUCGUAUCGUAAACUAGGUAUAGUUGGACCCGAAGGUUGGACUUAUAAAACUAUGCUUUUCCAUACGUAAAUAAGGAAAGAUUAUCAAAAAUUCCUGUAUGGUUUGCAUCAAUUCGAUCAAUUAGAUACUUUCCAUAAUGAAUAUUGUGCGACUUAGUUCGAGAAACGUAAUUUUUAUUCUCCUGGCAAUUUUGUUAACUACUGUAAAACAAGGCUCCAUGGGUUAUGAUAGUAUGAUUAACUAUGCAUUAAAAGAGGCUAAUGCAAAUUCUACACCUGCCCAUAGUAGCAAAAAGGAAGAAACAAUGAGAUUAUGUCCAAGUGGUACUGCCUGUUCAGAGUUAAGUGGAGAAUGUUUGAAAUGUAAUUUAAAUACGAGUUGUAUAUAUGGAAUGGUGUAUAUUGCCAAUUGUUCUAUUUUGGAACAUGUUGACUGUGUUGGUGAGCAAACCUUUCAAAAAAAAUACAUAUGCCGUUAUUGUUAUCAAACAGAACAUUGGGAACAUGACUGCCAUCAAAAAAAUUCUUGUAGUUCAGUGGCAUCCCCUCGCCAAUAUUAUAGAACUAACUGUACAGUGAACAAUGACAUACUAUGUCUAGGGAGACGAAAGUUCAUGAAAAACUUACUGUGCAAUUGGACUGUAGGGUAUCGCUGGUCUACUGCCUUAAUAUUAAGUGUUACCUUAGGGGGUUUUGGAGCCGAUCGAUUUUAUCUGGGCCAUUGGCAAGAGGGAAUUGGUAAACUAUUCAGUUUUGGAGGACUUGGUGUAUGGACACUGAUUGAUGUAAUACUUAUUUCUAUGAGAUAUUUAGGCCCAGCAGAUGGAUCAUUAUAUAUUUAACUGUUUCCAAUGGUAACAUGAUCUAUAUUGUUUAUAGAAGAAGCAAACUCCUUAGUUUAAAUGUGAAUGUUAAUGUGUAAAAAUAAGAGCAUUUUAUUUAUUACCUGUAAAAAAACUGAACUAUAAUGUGAUAUGUAUAUAAUAUAUUGAGUAAUUCUCUUUCAUAAAUAUAA